ACAAAACGAAUCACUUGUCCAUUUGCUAUAAAUCGUGUGGCAACAAAAGAAGGUUGAAGUAAAAUGGCAAAAGUUGAAGCAAUAUCCUCAUGUAUUAUUAGGAUGGCAGGAAAUAAUGCAAAUCCCAUUUCAAGAUUGGAUCUAACUCCAUGCGAUUUGCAACUGCUCCCACUCGAUCCCAUUCAAAAAGGGAUUCUCUUUCACAACCCUCUUUCUAAACUCAACUUAAUCGAUCACCUCAAAACCUCACUCUCCCGCACACUAGACUUCUUCCCUCCGCUCGCCGGCCGCCUCGCCACCACCGCCCACGCCCACGCCACUUUCAGUUUGUUCCUCGACUGCAACAACGCCGGAGUCGAGUUCGUUCAUGCAGUUGCCGCCGCAACGUCGGUGGCCGACAUCUUGGAACCAAAAUGGAUACCUGAAAUAGUAGCUUCCUUCUUCCCACACAACGGCCUUUCCAAUUGGGAUGUCGUUUCCAAGCCUGUGCUAGUGGCACAAGUGACGGAGCUCGUCGACGGCGUUUUCAUAGGCUGCACCGCCAAUCACGCCGUCAUCGACGGCGUCUCUUUCUGGCAUUUCUUCAACUCUUGGUCGGAGAUCUCCCGCGGUUCCGACACCAUUUCAAAGACCCCUGUUUUCAAGCCCUGGUUCCCCAGCAACGUUCCCGACGACAAGCGGCCCCUCCGUCUUCCAUGGCUGGAGCAGGAUCCGCCCCUCAGCUCCGUUCCACCUCCGCGGCUCGAGAGGGUCUUCCAUUUCAGCAAACAAACCCUAUCCAAACUCAAAGCCAGGGCCAACUCCGAAGCUGCCACCGACAAAAUCUCCUCUCUGCAAGCGCUCUCGGCUCAUCUGUGGCGGAGCAUUUCGCGCUGCCGGUAUUCGGGAAUGAGCCUCGACGACGGCCGGGAAGCUCCGUUCGGGAUUAUUGUUGGUUUGAGGACACGCAUACCGUUACCGGAGGGGUAUUUCGGGAACGCGCUUGUUAGUGCUAAAAUGACGAUGAGCGCCGCCGAGCUGGUGCAGAAGGGAGUGGGGCACGCGGCGGUGAGGAUCAAUGAGUUGGUGGCGCAGCACACUAAGGAAAAGGUGAUCAAAGUGAUUGAAGAUUGGGUGGUUAGUCCGACGUUGCUCCGGAGAGGGAAUUACGCUUUCGUAAUGGCAAGUUCGCCGCGGCACAAUGUGUACGGCAAUGAUUUUGGGUGGGGAAAACCGAUUGCUGUGAGGAGUGGGCCGGCAACGAAAAUUGAUGGGAAAAUGACUCUGUUUCCUGCUGCGGAAGCCGGCGGCAUCGACGUUGAAGUUUGCUUGGCGCCGGAGACGCUGCGGGCGAUUGAAGAUGACGCACAAUUUAUGGAAGUUUUCACUGUUUGAGAGCACAUGCUGUAAUAAUUUGAGUUUGUAGCAUUAAUAAAUUUGUAAAGGUUUCUAAUCAUGUCCGUUAUAUACUUUGUACCAAAAUUGUCCUUCUAUUCAACCAGAUGGGAUCCUUUGUCCCAGAAUAUUGUGUGUACCACCUGUACCACUCUUCAUUUCUUUGUUUUAUAAAUUGUUUUUUAUAAAAAUAAAAAUUAUUAU